CCUUGCCAUGCCCUGAAUGUGCGGUGGUCAGCACGUUUCACUGGUUGUGAAGAAGCCUCGAGUUGUCCGCUAUGCCGGGAAAGGGCAAUUUUAAGCGGUCCUUGCUGGGCCAUGACAGCUAUAAGCAGUGGGUUGCUCCGGACCCUGCGGACUCUCAUCGUGCCAAGGUAGGCCAUGCGGCAAAGCCUGUGACGUGUCCGCUAAGGGUGGGUAACCUGGUCUGGGCACAGCUGGGCUCCCGUUCCCGGCACUGGCCAGCUGUGGUGGUGGAUGCUCAUCUGUGUGGUCGACAGCCGGCUGCACCGGGCCAACUCUGGGUAUGCUGGCUGGCUGAGUACCGGGUAUCCCAGGUUCCCAUCCACAAAGUUUCCAAUUUUGUGUUGGCUUUUGGGCACUGCCUGUCUAAGCUGGGCGGCAAGCGAUACCUGGCUGCUGUUCAUGAGGCCAUCAAGGUGAUAGCGGACCGGUCUUGUACGUGCCUAGCUGAGGGCACGGACCUGGUUGUCUGGGCGCGGGAGAACUCAUCCAACCUGGCAGCCCAUGUGGCUGGAUCAGUGCCCAUGACUGUGCAAGAAGCGCUAAGGUUCCCUGCCCCAGCAGUGCCCACUCCACCACGAAGCCUAAGUGGAACAGAGCUGUGCAUCGCUUGCGACGCUACGCUGCCCAUGGAUGAGGCUAGUAGUCAGCACCCCAUGGUGGAAGGAGCCAUCUGCAAAGGCUGUCGAGUAGAGCUGCUCGAGACCCUGUUUGCUAUUGCACCGGAUGGUACCAGUGCAUAUUGCCUAAUCUGUGGAAGUGGCCAGGAGCUCUUCAUCUGUGACAAUGCGGAUUGCAGCAGGUGCAUCUGUUCAAAAUGCCUGAAGCGACUUGUUCAUGACAGUGAACCAGAAAAGGUGUCUAGAUGUUCUCCCUGGCAUUGCCACAUCUGCGGAGGGCGAACAGCGGGCCGCCUCCGGCCCUGGCCUGACUGGGAGGCGCGGGUGCUCGACUUUUUCCGACCCGCGGCUGCGCCUGCGGUCCCGUGCCAGCAGUCUGGAAGGAGUUUACGCGUGCUGUCCCUCUUCGAUGGAAUCGCCACUGGCAAGUACGUGCUCGAUCAUCUGGGCCUGUCAGUGGAGGCGUACUAUGCCAGCGAGGUAGACAAGGACGCCAUCCAUGUCGGGGUCACUCGUCACGGUUCCUCGAUUACCUACCUGGGGCCAGUGGAGCAACUGACCACCGAACAGCUCCAGCAGUUGUGUCCGAUCGACCUGCUCAUUGGAGGAUCCCCCUGCAGUGAUCUUGCACUGGUCAAUCCAAAUAGGAAAGGACUCUAUGAUGCAACAGGCACGGGCAUUCUUUUCUUUGAGUUCUACCGAAUCUUCUGCACUGUGAAAGAAGCGAAUGGUGGGACGCACCUCUUUUGGAUGUUUGAGAAUGUUGUUGCCAUGCCACGGGAGUACCGACGUAUCAUUUCACGCUUCUUCCAGUGUCAGCCAACACUCUUGGAUGCUUGCUGCUUCUCGCCGCAGGCCAGGGCUCGGCUCUUCUGGGGCAAUAUUCCUGGAAUGUAUGCGUCCCUGAAUCCGGAACUGGUGCCGAGUAGCAGCCUAGACAGCAUCCUUGACCCUCAUCUCAGAAGGAAGGCUGCGGUGCGCAAAGUGCGGACAGUUACAACCAAUGCAAACUCCCUGCGGCCAAGCAAACAUGGAGUCCUGCCUGUUAUCAUGAAUGGCGAAGGGGACGUACUGUGGGUCACGGAGCUGGAACAGCUGUUUGGAUUUCCAAGUCAUUACACCGACGUGGGCAACAUUUCUCUGGGCAAGCGGCAGCAGCUGCUGGGGAAGGCCUGGAGCGUGCCGGUCAUUUGUCACAUCUUGCGGCCUCUGCGAUCGUUCUUCCGACACUCGCAGGAUGCUGCGCACACGACGGCCACCUAAUCCCGGAAAAACUUCCAUCGGAACUUCCUCUAUUUGGAACAUCCUGCAGAGCACAUGAGGUGUUCCAAUUGGGGGAGGAACGUUCUAGUAAAUCAUGUGCGCCUAGUGCCUAGUCUUAAGAGUCUACACACUCGCCGUUUGAAGGUGGUGGUACAUUCUUUGGCUAUUUUGAUUUUCCUUGGACAAAAUCUUGCAAGCUUUCAACACUUGAGGCGGUAUAAGUGAUUGUAGCUACAAAAACCCAUAUCUUUCUGUUCCUUCGUGUUUGUUUGGACAUGCUGUAAUUACAUUCGCAUGUAAGCUAUUUUGUUUUGUUAUUCCCACUAUCUCUAGCGUUCUGGGAUUCGCAGAAGAACGCUUUGCACUUUAGUAAGCAUUGUGCAAAUUAGAAGAGUCUACUUAUAUGUUCAUGUUUAGUUCAGGAUAGAAAAGAUUAUAUAUUUGUGUUUUAUACUGUAGGCAUAAAAGCCAUGCCACAAAUGCUAUUGAAAGCGAAUACAACUGCGUUUACCAUAAAGUAUUACUGAUCUCCGUCCUGAAGAUGUUUUGCUGUGUAACUGCGAAAACGUGUGCCUUGCUGUUCCUUAAUUUUUAUUUCCAGAUUUUGUUAAGACACUUUUCGAUCACAUUCCCAUGUAAGUUAUUUUGAUGUUGCUAUUCCCAUUGUCUGUAGACUUCUGGGAUUGUCAGAAAAACGUUUGGCACUCAAGUGAGCACUGUGCACACCUCAAGAGCCUUGCUAUCAAGUGUUCAUGUGCAAGUGUCCAUGCAAGUCUUCAAGUUCAUAUAUGCAAUAGUUGUGGGUAGAAAAGAUUAUAUGUGUUUGUGUUUCACACUCUAGGUAUAAAAGUCAUGCCACAAAUGCCUUGACAGCCAGUAUAGACGUAUUUUCAUUAAAAUAUUACCCGUCUUCACCUUGAAGACAUUUCGGCGUGUAACUGCGUGGCUAGAUAUUACACGACAAAUUUUGUUCUGAAAUAAAAAAAAACA